AUGUCCUCUGAAAAAGAUGUGCCCGUCAUAAUCAUUGGCGGCGGCAUUGUAGGCCUCUCGGCCUCCAAUUUCCUCGCUCACCAUGGCAUACAUUCCAUGGUGGUAGAGCGCCACAAAGGGACGUCGAUCCAUCCGCGUGCGAGAAGCGUCAAUGCCCGAACUAUGGAGCUCUAUCGUCGGCUUGGAAUCGAGCAACUUGUCCAUGAUGCCGGUGCGUCGAUAUCACCGAGCAAGGGCAUCUAUGGUGGCGCGUCUCUCAAGGAGGUCAUUGAGCCUAAAUCACGCUCCGCGGGUCCCAGAAGUAUGCCAUGGAUUGGGGUUCUUGCACCAUUGAGCCCAGUGACCGGGACAUUUGUCACUCAAGACAUGAUCGAACCAGUUCUCUUGGACGCUGCAAAGGGGCGCGGUGUGGAUGUGAGAUUCGAUACAGAGUGUAUCGAUAUUGAGCAAGAUGACAAUAGCGUCAGUGUCGUCUUGAAGGAUCGGGUGACAGGGGUUAAUUCGACUGUCCGGGGACGCUACCUCAUCGCGGCCGAUGGCGCAGAGAGUCCGAUACGCACACGCCUCAAGGUUCCAACGACCGGGAGGGGCACAAUGGGCCAUUUGCUCAACAUCCUCUUCCACGCCGACCUGAAACCUCUUGUUGAAGGGCGCGAAUUCUCUCUCUGUAGGAUUGAACGGCCCGAAGUCAGGGGCCUCAUGACAUCAAUCAACAACGACGACCGCUGGGUCUUCCACCUUCUUUAUGACCCAUCGAAGGGCGAGCAACCCUCAGACUUCCCACCCGAGAAAUGCAAAGAGCUGCUGCGCUUGGCCCUAGGGAUCCCGGACAUUGAGAUCGAGGUCAAGAGUAUCCUCCCAUGGAAGCCGUCGGUACGGAUUGCGGAGCAACUGCAGCAUGGUCAUAUCUUCCUUGCGGGCGACGCAGCCCACCAGAUGCCGCCGUGGGGAGGGCAAGGGGCAAAUACGGGCAUCGCAGACGUCCAUAACCUCGCUUGGAAGCUGGCUGCAGUUCUCCAAAGACAUGCGAACGAGUCUUUGUUAGAGACAUAUGACGUGGAGAGGAUUCCUGUGGGAAAGGCGGCUGCCGAGUUUUCCGCAAGCAACGCUGAUGAGGACGGAAUCAUAUCAGCAAAAGGACCAUUCGGGUUGCUGCUUGUUAUAGCCAAGGGCUUUCGUUUGCUCUCCGGCCACGGGAUUUAUUAUGCAAGUCGGGCCAUCUGUGCAGAGGACACUUCUCCCCUUGGGGGAUUGACUUGGAGGCCGUGGACCUGGCCGAGCUUGAUGCUUGCGAUCGAUGGGAGACCUGGAACUAGGGUUCCUCACUUGUGGGUUGAGCACCUGGGGAAACGUGUUUCGACCCUCGACCUAUGUGGCAAGACCUUUGUGUUGUUUGCCGGUGCCGACGGCAUAUCAUGGGUGGAGGCAGCAAAGAAGGUGUCUUUAGCCAUGGGUGUUGACAUUGCAGCAUAUCGUGCCGGCCCUGAUGGCUGCGAUCUGGUUAGUCCAAAAGGCAGUCUCGAAUCUGUUGCAGGCAUUUCAUCUCGAGGCGCGAUACUCGUGCGUCCAGAUGAUUUUGUGGCGUGGCGCCAGAGAAGACAAGUUUCUGAUCAUGAGGCUGAGCUCACCAAGGCCAUCAGACAAGCGCUGUGUCUAUCAUGA